CGAGUAGGGAAUAUUUAUGUUUCAGGAAAUUAGGAGUGUGAGAAAUGCUGAAAUAUUUAAUACAAAUGAAAUAAUGUUAGAUAUUUGCAUACGUUGUUCUUGAAUUAAUGAGCUCAGUUUUACCUCAUGCAUGUCUGUAUAAACUAGAACAAUGACAAGAAUGGAGUUUCACUUGAAGAUCAGUCGGAGCACAUGACACGGAAGUGGCUGCAAAUCAUAAACAUCCUCAUGACUGACUUCAGUAGCAGUUCAUAAUCAUCCAUCAAAACAUGCAAAACUACACUCUGCUGUUAAUAAUCUCCUGCAUUCUUGGGUGUUCUGCUCAGUUUUAUGUUAUAGAUGAUCGGAUUGGAUUAGGGAGAGAAUUUGAUGGGAUAGGUGGAUUAAGCGGAGGAGGAGCCACUUCGCGACUUCUUGUCAACUAUGAAGAACCGUAUCGGAGUCAGAUAUUGGAUUUCUUAUUCAAGCCCAACUUUGGAGCUUCACUUCACAUCUUAAAGGUUGAAAUAGGAGGCGACGGUCAAACCACAGAUGGGACAGAACCCUCUCACAUGCACAGUAAGGAUGAAGGGAACUUUUUCCGUGGAUAUGAAUGGUGGCUUAUGAAAGAAGCCAAGAAAAGAAAUCCGGACAUCAAGCUGAUUGGUCUUCCCUGGGCAUUUCCAGGAUGGGUUGGAUAUGGAACCCAAUGGCCUUACUUCUUUCCAAAUGUUACUGCCAACUAUAUUAUUACAUGGAUCAGGGGGGCAAAGCAGCAUCAUAACCUUGACAUUGAUUACAUUGGGAUAUGGAAUGAAAAAACAUGUGAUCCAACAUACAUUAAGGUGCUGAGAGAUAUUUUGGACAGAGCUGGUUUUUCAAAUAUCGGCAUCAUUGCUGCAGAUGGAGACUGGUCCAUUGCAGCUGACAUGCUGAAGGAUCCGUAUCUGAAUGAUGCUAUUGAGGUGAUAGGUGUCCACUAUCCAGGCACCAACACGGUGAAGGAAGCUCUGUGGACGGAGAGGAAGCUUUGGUCGUCUGAAGAUUACAGCACCUUCAAUGACGACAUCGGUGCCGGAUGCUGGGCUCGCAUUUUAAACCAGAACUACGUGAACGGCAGAAUGACCUCGACUAUAUCCUGGAAUUUGAUAGCAAGUUACUACGAGAAUCUGUCCUUUGGUGGAGAUGGGCUGAUGACAGCAGAGGAGCCCUGGAGUGGACAUUAUUUAGUGGAAUCUCCGAUAUGGAUGACUGCACACACAACUCAAUUUACACAGCCAGGUUGGUUUUAUCUACAGACGGUGGGGAAUCUCACCAGUGGAGGAAGUUAUGUGGCUUUAACAGACCGUAAAGGGAACCUAACAAUUGUUAUUGAAACCAUGACACAUAAUCACUCUCAGUGCAUUCGUCCUCCUCUACCGUACUUUGAAGUCUCUCCUCAGAUGGUCACAUUUCGGCUCAAAGGCUCUUUUGCACAUCUCACUGACCUUAAACUGUGGUACUCAAAAUUGGAUUUUGAGACCAAAAAGGAUACACUCUUUGAGCUGAGGAGUCCUAUUAAGGUCCAUAAUGGUUCCUUCACCCUAAAACUGGAUGUUGAUGAGGUUUACACAAUCACAACAGUCACCAAUGGAGAAAGAGGCUUCUACCCAGAGCCCCCCAAAUCCCGCCCGUUUCCGAAGAAAUACUCUGAUGACUUCACAAUUGAUGACCCUCCAUUUUCUGAGGCUCCGUAUUUUGCUGAUCAAACCGGUGUGUUUGAGUACUUCAGAAACAGCACAGAUAAUGGCUCACACGCCUUUACCUUACGGCAGGUGAUCACUGAACGGCCCGUCACCUGGGCUAGAGAUGCCGACCAGACCAUCAGCAUCAUAGGGGACUACAGUUGGACAGACCUCACUGUGUCCUGUGAGGCCCUAAUUGAGACCCCUGUCACUGGAGGUGUGUUCCUGGCUGCCAGGGUUGAUCAAGGUGGAGAAUCCGUCAGAGAGGCAAAGGGUGUCUUUUAUUGGCUUUUUGCAAAUGGAACCUAUAAAGUGACAAAUGACAUAGGUGGAAAGAGAGUUCUUGCUGAAGGGCUGUCAGGAACAAGGGCAGGUGUAUGGUAUACCUUAACCCUUAGUGUCAAGGGAUAUUUUGCCUCAGGGAUGCUGAAUGGCUAUCCACUGUGGAAGAAUGCUGUUGUUCUCGAACCUAAGAAUGGCUGGGCUGCACUUGGAACUUUCUCUUUUGAAUAUGCACAGUUUGAUAAUUUUGAAGUAAAUGCAGAUUGAUUUUCACUUACUCUGAUAGGUGCAUUCACUCCAUGUCGGAAUUACUGUAAUUAUGAUUCUGACUUGAAAAUGCUUCAAGUCAUUGUAGAACUCUUAAUUACAAAAAGAGCUCUGACUUGUACCAUGUGACCACUGUCACCUAACUACUGCAGAUUCAUUUUCCCAUUGAUAAUGUUGCCAUAUAAACGUAUAAUUCUGAGGAUGUGAACAUAAGUUGUCAUCCUGUAAUUACAUUAAUUACAACAUGGCGUGAAUUCAGGAUUUUGCUGCAUUGACACCAGGUCCUUUCACCAUGUUUCUUCAAAAUGUCUUUAUUUCGGUGAAAAAAUAACACUGUGAUGAAUGUCUUAUUUUAUUUAAUUUGGUGAUUUGCCUUUUUUUACUGGAAUGGUUGGUUUUAUUUUUAGGAUUUAUAAAUGCAGAAUCUGUGUGCGAGAUGUUGAUCUUCAAAAAGGGAUAUUCUGUGCUAAUUAACUGGGCUGUUUGUCAAAGUAGACAGUGAAUGGCAUGCACUACCAGUUUAAAGUCUGAACUUAUUAAUGGAAUUGGUUUACAUGAUUUUAAAAAUCUUCUUAUCUUUAUAUGCAGAAUUCAAAUUGAAAACAAAUUUGUUUGAAUAGAAACAACUCUAUAUUGUAAACAAUACUGUUUAAACAUAAAAUGAUAAAAGACCUGGUUUACACAAGAGCAGUCUAGACAAUGUGCAUAGGGAUGAUAAAUGUUCUAGACAAAGUAGGUAAUUUUACCUAAUGUCAACCAAAGAAUGAUGGGAUCAUGCAUAACCUAAAAAAUGAUUAAAUGAUUCUUAAUAAACUUGAAUGAUCAUGAAUGAUCAUUUAUCAUGUCACAAGCA